UGUCACCGCAUCCGGAUUUUCCGUUAACGACAUACUUCAGGUAGGUCCAAGUAUUCAGGAUUCUCUUUUCUCCAUAUUGAUAAGAGCACGACAAUACAGAUAUCUAUUGACCGGCGAUAUAGAGAAAAUGUAUCGCCAGGUAUUAGUUCACGAAGACGAUCGUGAUCUCCAACUAAUACUAUGGAGAGAAGAUGAGUCUAUGCCUAUCGAAACUCUGCGCCUGAAUACUCUCACUUACGGAACCGCAAGUGCUAGUUAUUUAAGUACGCGCUGUCUGUGGCAGGUAGGUGAGGAAUGUACUGACGAAACUAUUAAGACAAUUAUACAAAGAGACUUUUUUGUCGACGAUCUCAUAACUGGUUCAGAUGAUGAGCUCACACUACGUUAUAUUCAAACCGCAAUAUCACAAGCUCUUAAUUCAGCAUGCUUCAAACUUCGUAAAUACAAAUCGAACUUACCUACUAUUUUUGACAAUUCAUUUAUAUCCGUUCAAGAAAAUCUUGCGUUGAGUGAGUCUUCGAGCACUCUUGGAAUCGGGUGGAGUCCUUCUAGUGACUGCAUACAUUUUCCAAUAAAAUUUCCACACAAUACAAACACCGUAACAAAGAGAACGAUCAUGUCUGACGCGUUCAAAAUAUUUGAUCCUUUAGGUAUUUUAAGUCCAUGCAUUAUUAAGCCUAAAAUGAUUUUACAAGAACUGUGGAUCCUCAAGCUCGAUUGGGAUCAACCUGUUCCCCAUGAUGUUAAAACUGAAUGGUACGAUUUUAUUAAUAAUUUAAAAUUUAUAUCAGAAAUACAAAUCCCAAGGAGGGUGCUUUGUGACUCACCUAUCGCAAUCGAAGUGCAUUCGUUCAGUGACGCAUCACAAAGGGCCUACGGAGCAUGUAUUUAUAUAAAAUCUAUAGAUUGCAAUAAUGUAGCUACCGUAAACUUAUUAUGCUCGAAAUCUAAAGUAGCUCCAUUAAAACCUGUGACCAUUCCAAGGCUAGAGCUAUGCGCAGCUUUACUCGCGGCUAAGUUAUGCAAGAGUGUACUCGAUUCUAUACGAUACGUACCAUCUCGUUCUAUAUUCUGGUGCGACUCAAGCGUAGUGCUAGGGUGGCUGAAUAGCAAUCCCGCUAAGCUCAAGACAUUCGUCGCCAACAGAGUAGUUGAAACACUAGAAACAUCAAAAUCAUCAUCCUGGAGAUACGUACCUACCGAUAUGAACCCUGCUGAUUUAAUAUCCCGCGGUGUUAACGCAAAUAAACUUCAAAACAUGAGUUUAUGGUGGUCAGGUCCUGCUUACCUUGGUCACGACGAAACGCAUUGGCCAGUCUUGAAUCCCACUAAACUUCACGAAGAGUUACCUGAAAUAAAACAAAAUAUUAAAACCAAACACUUACCAAACAUAUACGCUGGUCCGGCUGCCAUCCUAAAGCCUGUAAUAAAAAUCGAAAAUUACUCUAAAAUAAAUAAAUUAAAGGGUACGUUGGGAUACAUAAAUAGGUUCAUUUACAAUUCAAAAAAUCCCAAAAACAAAUUAACCGGCCGUUUAUCAAUUGAAGAAAUAAACAAUUCAUUUACUCACCUUUGCAAAAUAGCGCAAAAACAAUCAUUCACUGCAGAAUACAAUUCACUACGCACAAAUAAAAUAUUAAAUCCAAAAUCAAAAAUUUUACCUCUGUCCCCAUUAAUAGAUAAAAAUAAUUUAAUACGGGUCGGUGGUAGGAUCAAUGCAUCGAAUUAUUCUUACGACAAGAAACAUCCAAUACUCCUUGACUCAUCGCAUCAUUUAACCAGGCUCAUAUUUGAGCACGAACACAUACGUAACAUGCAUGCCGGUCCCCAACUACUGCUUGCCACGGUAAGAGAAUACGUAUGGCCCCUUAAUGGUAGGCGUCUGGCUCGACGCACAGUCUAUAGGUGUGUUCGGUGCAGGCGAAUUCAGGGUAAGACAUUAAUCCCGAAAAUGGGCGAUCUUCCAGCUCCGCGUAUAAACCCUGACUUUCCGUUUCUGUCUGUGGGUCUAGACUUUGCCGGCCCGUUUCUCAUACUCAAUCGCAAAGGGCGCGGUGCUAAAUUAAUUAAAUGUUAUUUGUGUGUGUUCGUCUGCUUACGUUAUAAAUGCCUGCAUCUGGAAGCGGUCAGCGAUUUAUCCAAGGACGCAUUUAUAAUGACCUUGAGAAGGUUUAUCUCACGUCGAGGUAAACCAAUAGAAAUAUACUGCGAUAAUGGACGUAAUUUUGUAGCAGCAGCAAGAGAGCUAAGUACUUUUUUACAAAAUAACAAGGAACCUCUAUUUGAUUUUGCAACACAAGAAACCAUUAAAUUCAUUUUUUCCCCUACUUAUGCUCCUCACUUCGGCGGCAUCUGGGAGGCCGGAGUAAAAUCUGCUAAACACCAUAUUAAGCGCGUUAUAGGCAACGCGCAUUUAACAUUUGAAGAGAUUUCUACUUUGUUUGCGCAGGUGGAAGCUAUACUCAAUAGUCGUCCCCUGUGUCCGCUAUCAUGUUCCCCUGACGACCUGCUCUCCCUUUCCCCAGGGCACUUUCUUAUCGGAAGACCACUGACUGCCCUGCCAUCGCCUGCUCUGCAAGAUCACAAUCAAAACACGCUACAACGUUACGCUCGAGUUGAGCAGCUUCGCCAGCACUUCUGGCAACGCUGGCAAAAGGAAUAUAUCAGCGAACUUCAGCAACGAACGAAAUGGCGCACCAACGCUGUCCAGCUAGAUGUGGGUGAUCUUGUCCUUCUUCAAGAAGAUCACGUGCCACCUAUGGCUUGGCGUCUCGGAAGAGUUCUACGCCUAUUCCCGGGCCCAGACGGAAUUUCUCGAGUGGCAGACAUAUCAACAACACGAGGCUGCGUUCGGCGGCCCCUAAUACGUAUUUGUCCCCUGCCUUCAGCGCAAGAUCUUCAAGGUUGAAAGCUGACCUUUCAACGAGGGGGAGGAUGUUCGCGCCGACGUUUGUGUCAUCCGUAUUUCAAAAAUUUCAUAGAUUAUAGAACCACUUCGCCAUUGCACUCAGGCACGCAAGCACGUCGCAUAAAAUAAAACAAUCAAUCAUAAAUCCAGAGU